AUGUCUCUGGGUGGAUGGUGCUCGCUCCGUUCUGGUGCUGGGAUGGCACGGUGCUCCACAGCGAAUGCGAAGGACGCCGACGAUGAACGUGUGGUGAACCCUUCAGGUACGGGCAUGGACAAUCUCGGAAAUCUGCCAGUUUCUCAUCAAGUGGUUAAGUUUGAAUCAGCGAAGGACAUCAUACUGAGUCAAAUAUUUCAUUUUGUGGCUAAUGGCUGGCCGAAUGAAAUCAAAGAAAAUGAUGAGUUAAAAGCAUUUUUCAAACGUAGGGAAAAUAUCAGCAUCAUCGACGGAUUUAUCAUGUUUGGUCAAAGAGUCGUCGUUCCAAAACUUUAUAGAAGAAGAGUUCUCAAACAAUUUCAUCGUGGCCAUCAAGGUAUCGAAAGAACAAAAUCUAUAGCCAGAAGUUUUGUUUAUUGGCCAAGCAUCGAUGCUGAUAUCAAAAUACUCAUCCAAAAUUGUAAAAAUUGUGCGUCAGCAGCCAAGAUGCCAACAAAAACAUUGCUUCAGCCAUGGCCUACACCAACAGAACCAUGGAAACGUCUCCAUCUGGACUACGCUGGACCAAUCGAGGGAAAUUAUUUUCUGAUUUUAGUAGACGCCCUCUCUAAAUGGCCGGAAAUAGUUGUAACAAAAUCCAUCACUACUCAGCGUACUUUAGAGAUUCUCAGCGAAAUAUUCUCCCGAUUUGGACUACCGAAGACGAUCGUUUCAGAUAACGGGACGCAGUUCAAGAGCACCCAGUUUCAGCAGUACAUGGCAGAGAAUGGUAUCCAACAUCUUUGCUCCAGUCCGUACAACCCGAUGUCUAAUGGACAAGCCGAACGGUUUGUGGACACCUUCAAACGUUCUCUUAUGAAAUUAAACACGGAGGGAACAAUCACUCAAAAUCUUCAAACGUUUCUUCAAUCUUACCGCUCAACACCAAACCGAAACUCACCAAACUCAAAGUCUCCAGCCGAAAUCAUGUUUGGCAGAAAUAUUCGCAUCAGCUUGAAUCUUAUUAAGCCCAAUCUUAAUGAAAAUCACCAAAACCAAAAUGAGACUAUAAAUAACAAAAAUCAAACAACCAUGUCCAAACAAUUUAAUCGAAAAUUUGGUACCAACCCGAGAUCAUUCAACAGCCAAGAUUUAGUUUAUGUGAAGUGGCAUAAAAAAGACAUCACUGCCAAACCUCGAGUCGAAAAACCAUGGGACAUGGCACUGGACGUGUAUGAAUGCGAUACAACACCUUGUGAACUAGUUCCGCCAUCAGAUAGUGAUAACUCUUCCAAUGUUAGGACUUCACCAAAUAAUAUUCUACCUGCUGUACCAGCUGUGCCACGUCGAACUCAGCGAACACGACGACCAAUCAAUAGAUUUGUGCCUGGAUAA